UCUCAAGAUUAUGCCACAAUGAAUGCUUUCAAAAUUUUCUUUCUUCUUCUUCUUCUUCCUUUCUUCUUCUUCUUCUCUGGCUCCUUGGCCUUUCCUUUGUGCACUGAUUCCAGUGCACCAUUGAAUUUGAAGUCUCCAUUGAAUUUCUGUUCUUACAAUGGAAGCAGUUGCUGCAAUUCCACUGAUGAUACUUCAAUUCAGGACGAGUUCAAGCUCAUGAACAUAAAUGAUUCAGCUUGUGCUUCAAUUGUCAAAUCCAUCCUCUGUUCAAAAUGCAAUCCUUUUUCUGCAGAGCUUUUCAGUGAUCAACCAAAGAUUCAGACAGUUCCUGUUUUAUGCAGUACAACAAAUUCAGAAAUAGAUUUCUGUGGACAAGUUUGGGAUACUUGCAGUAAUACAUCAAUAGACAACUCACCAUUUGCAACAUCCUUACAACAAAGCAAAGCAAUCACUGGUUCAUCAUCAAAGAUUACUGAUUUCUGGCAAUCAAAGAGUGAUUUCUGUAAAGCAUAUGGAACAUCAUCUUCAAAUGAUUCAGUUUGUUUUGAUGGAAACUCAGCUUCAUUCAACACAACACCAAGUUCACCAAAUCCAAAGGGUCUUUGCAUAGAGAAAAUCGGCAAUGGAUCAUACCUUAACCUGGUACCUCAUCCUGAUGGAUCGAACCGUGUAUUUUUGUCGAACCAAGAGGGAAAGAUAUGGCUGGCAACAGUCCCAGACCAAGAAUCAGGAGGAACACUUGAGCUUGAUGAAUCAAAUCCUUUUCUUGAUUUAACUGAUGAAGUUCAUUAUGAUACCGAGUUCGGGUUAUUAGGACUAGCAUUUCAUCCAAACUUCACAACAAAUGGUCGGUUUUUUGUAUCGUUUAACUGCGAUAGAUCGCAAUCUCCAACCUGUUCUGGAACUUGUGCUUGUAAUUCUGGCCUUGGUUGUGAUCCAUCAAAACUUCCUCCUGAUAAUGGUGCCAAACCAUGCCAAUAUCAAAGUGUGAUUGCAGAGUAUAGUGUUAAUACUUCUUCAACAAUGCCUUCAAUGGAAAAUAAUGCAAUUCCAAAGGAAGUGAGGAGGAUUUUCACAAUGGGACUUCCAUUCACUUCUCAUCAUGCAGGCCAAAUUCUCUUCGGACCCGAAGACGGAUACUUAUACUUCAUGAUGGGUGAUGGCGGCGGCGGAGGUGAUCCAUAUAACUUUGCUCAAAACAAAAAAUCUCUUCUAGGGAAAAUUCUUCGUCUCGACAUAAAUAACAUACCAAGUUCAGCAGAAAUAAACAAGCUUGGUUUAUGGGGAAGUUAUUCAAUUCCCGGUGACAAUCCAUCAGUUGAUGAUAGUGCAUUGCAGCCGGAAAUUUGGGCAUUGGGCUUUCGAAAUCCAUGGAGAUGCAGUUUCGAUUCUGCAAGAUCGUCGUAUUUUUUCUGUGGUGAUGUUGGUCAGGACACAUACGAAGAAGUCGAUUUGAUAUCGAAAGGAGGUAACUAUGGUUGGCGAAUAUACGAAGGCCCUGACCUCUAUCAACCGAAAAGUUCUCCGGGAGGAAACACAUCAAUAAACUCCAUCAAUGCCAUUUUUCCGGUCAUGGGAUACACUCAUAGCUCUGUGAAUACUGCAGUUGGUUCUGCGUCGAUUACCGGUGGAUAUGUUUACAGGUCCAUGGUUGAUCCAUGCAUGUAUGGAAAAUACUUGUAUGCUGAUUUAUACACAGGAGGAUUAUGGGCAGGUUUGGAGAGUCCAGAGAGCAGUGGGAACUACACUAGCAUUGAAAUUCCUUUCAAUUGUGGGAAAAACUCACCAAUUCCUUGUGAUGAAAUUGGUGGAAAUUCAGUUCCAACUCUGAAUCUUAUAUUUUCAUUUGGAGAAGAUAACAGAAAAGAUGUGUUUCUGCUGGCAAGUAAUGGAGUUUACAGGGUUGUGCGCCCAAGUCGUUGUAACUAUGAAUGUUCAAAAGAGAAGAACAGUUCCAGUGCCUUUGAACCAAUUCCAAGUCCUCCUUCAUCUUCUGCUCAUCAGUUGAAAGUCAUGUUCUUCAUUGGUUUCUUCUUCAUUUUGGUGAGUUCUUGUUUUAAUUUUCAGUUUUGA